AUGGCAAACUCAGCCCUCAACCAGCUACCGUCGAGUAUAAUCAAAGCUCGCCAGAGAUUUAACUUGAAGACAAAGUUAAAACAAGACUCUAAACUUACUCACAUAUUACUCUUGGUAUGUGGCUGUUUCGCUGUGGUUGCCGUUCAGAAUACGUUGAUGUUCCAGAAGAUGAGGUGGGCCGCUGGAGUGGCCGAGAAGACUCACAUGUUUGUGGUGGAUUCAUUUUAUUACAAUCAUUCUAAAAGGUGAGUAUUAUGGUUAAUAUUUCAGGUAAUAGGGUGAUAUUAUAUUAUAUAAGCAACGAUUUCAAAAGUUAUGAUAAUGAAAGGGUCAGAAAAGUUUUUUCGUUUUAAGACUUAAAACGCUAUAGAAAUCGGCGACAAGACUUUUUUAUUAGGAUUUUUUGAAUUUUGUUCAAAAUUUUAAAAAAUUUACAAAAAUAUUUGGUUGUUCAAUAAAUUCUGUGCUCCUUAAUCUUGAAAGUUUGCUUUGUGAGGGGGCACAUAAUUAAUUGAACAACUAAAUAUCAUCUAAAAAUAAAAAAAAAUUUUUUUUUGCAGUCUACCCCCAAAUACGAUCGCAGUAAUCUACUCAGCCAGAAAGAAUGCCCUCGACUUUCCGAUCUUCUGUUUGUCGCGGAAUGAAUUUGGCCAAACGAAAAAGGUACUGGCUCACACUGACAUGGCCCUAGUUGCACCAUUACAAUGUCGAUGGACUACCAUGGUGGCAUUAUGUCCUGUCACACGAAAUCCAUCUUAUUUUGCUUUGGAGAGCACUGAUGGAGUCAAGGAGGAGGUGGGUAUUUGCAGUCAGCUUAGUGGUUCUUAUUGUAAAUUGGUACUAUUAGGUUGUUCAGAUAAUUCUGUGCUCUAUAAUUCCAAAAAAUUUUUUUGAAAAGAGGGUUCAGAAUUAUUUGAACAACUUAAUAGCAUAUUAUGUUAUUUCCAUCAAGCAAAUCUUCUUUAAACAAACUAUGUUUCAGCUCCCCUUCCGACCGGUCGAUCAGCAGAAACGUAACUUCAUUGUGUGUAUGUCUCGCAUGUUUUUGUUCGAGAACUGGCAGUUGUUUAUUGCAUCUAUUGAACUCUACAGAUUCUAUGGGGCUGAUCUGAUGGUUACCUACAUCGAGUCUGUGUUGUCUGACAUCUACAGAAUGUUGAUGGCUUAUGAUAAGGAAGGAUUCGUGAAGAUACGAAAAGCUUCUAGGCUUUUUCAACCGGUAAUACAAUUUUUAUUUAUAUCUAAGCCUAAAAAUUUCAAAAAUACUCGUUUUUAAUGUUUAAUGAAGUUGGGCAUGUCUAACAUAAUAUAUAUUAUCGAUUUACGCUUUCUUUUGAUCAAUUAUAAAUUUGUUUUAACUUCACAAAGUUCUGCUUAAUAUUUUAAAAUUAAAAACUUUCAGCCGGACCUAAAAUACGAUCCAAACUCGGAGAACGAAUGGUAUAAUCAGGACUUUUCGUACAAUUCUUGUCUGUACGAGUUCAAAGAAAGUGCUGAGUUCAUGAUGAUUGCUGAUUGGGACGACGUAUUGAUACCAGAAACACAUAGAGACUACUACAAGGAGAUGAGAUGGCUUACGGGACUCUACCCGAACUCGGCCGCUUUUAUCUUUCAGCGUCCUCAAGUCACUAUUCAUACUGGUAAGAGGAACUUCUUAGUAUAUUAUAGGUCUAAGCAGUAGUUUUAACUUGCCUUAACCUUUUGGAUAAUUUUAGCCCACUCUCCUCGUGACUUCGACCUAAUAAGGACAAUAGAUAAUAUCGAAGUAGACGACUCGAAUAUCCUGACUGGAAAGUUCGUAGGAAGACCAGCUCAGAUCGACGGUAUUUGGCUACACGCGCCUUCUCGAACACGAGCUAACUACGACGUCACUGAGUUGGGUGGACAAUUCUCAAGAGUUUAUCACUUCAGACAGUGGAAGUUUGAUGAAACUGUAGGUUCUUUGUAAAAACGUGCUUUGUACAGUAAUGUACAUUCUUUUUAAUAUGACUUUAUGUUAUUUCAGAACUUGACGCUCACUAACCAAACCUUCUUGGCUGAUGGAAAGAAAGUUGAUGGUCAAUUUGUGGCUUUUAUGAUACGAAACAACUUGACCAAGGUAGGUCUUUAUAACAUAUUUGUAAUACUUGUAACAAACUUAUAAUAUCUAUAACAUUCUUAUAACACCUAUAACAUACUUAUAAUGCCCAUAAAGUACUUAUAAUCCCUAUAACAUACCUAUUUCAGACCUUUGAAAGACUCCCCUCCAAGUUCCACUACUACGACUCGCUAGUCAAAUGUUAUCAUCGCUUCGCUUCUCUGUUGGAAAAGCACAGUUUCGGCUGUCCUAGUCUACCAAAAUGUGAACUAAAGCCUGUGUCUAAUCUAGAUUGUACUAUUCUGAGGCAAAGUUACAAGUCUACACCGUUACUCAAUGGCUUUUACAUUCACCACAGCGAUGUUAACACAUUGGACAUGAACAAAGAUGGCUGUGUGGUUAGACACAAGGACAGUAAUAUGUGA